GCGCCGCUGCCAUCCAGGUGGUCGGGAGCGCGCGCCGCCCGGGGGACUUGGGUGCGAAUCUUGCCUCUGCAGAGAGAGAGAGACACACACACACACAGAAGAGAAGAAGACGUUCCUUUCUUAAUCCUCUGCAGUCUGCAACGAGAAGCGAUCCAGAACUGAUAAAUUACUCAGCCACCCUUUUAUUUUUAAUUUUUUUCCUUGCUUGCUUAGUGGUUUCUCCCGUGGGAUUAUUAUUAUUAUUGGCUGCGAUGCCAGAGCGGAGGAGAGAAGCAGCAGGGUAUCUUUCCGCAGCGGGAUUUCGCCCCCGAUGCUGAACAUGGGGACGAGUUGAAUUGCCGGCAAGAAGAGGGCAAGGCAUCCUUUUGGGAUGGCGACGACUGAGGACGACUAAGGACCAAGGAUGAAGCAUGAGAAGCCGUGACAUUGCUGAGCACUGAACUGUGCCAUCUCACAUCAAGAAUGGCUGCUGCCCUGGAUCUGAUCCUCACCUUGGGCUUGCUCCUGCCAGCCUUGCACCUGGCCUUCCGGCUUCCUACCCCAGAGAGCCCCGCCUGGGACCUUCCUUUGAAUUCAGCUCCUGGAGUGCCUCUUCCCAAUAGCCCCUCUCCAGAGCCUCCCCUAAGUGUGCUGCCAGCCCAGCUCCCUUCUGAACCCUCUUCCCUUGAGGCCUCCAGUGGUGAGGAGGAGUCCAGCGAUGAGAGCUGGAGAGGGGAUAGUCUUGCUUUCAUCCCUGGGACUCCUGUGCCCUUUGACAUUCCUGCGGUGUCCAGUUCCAGCUCUGAAAAACCAUCUGGUACUUCUGGGGUAAGCUUAGCCCCCCAUCUCGAUGCACAGGGGCUUCCUGGGGUGGAUAACUUCACUCUGUCAACAGUAGGCACUUCCAGUGUUCAAACUGAGCCUGGGAAUAUUGACUUCAUAACUGUGGAAUCAAGUCCAGAUGAAGAAGAGGAUGGUCCCUCUUUGACUAGUCCUGGCAUCGAAGCCAGAAGUAUGGACAUCACUGUACCAGCCUCCCUCCCUCCCUUGUCCACAAUACAGUCCUCAGACACAACUGCCUCCAAGGAAGAGACCAAGCCUAGUCACCACCUGGAUGAUUUCUCCGUUACAACCACACUAAGCCCUGUGCCCACUGUGUCCACCGUGCCCUUGGUGCCAUUACCCACUGGCAGUCCCGAUGUUAAAUGGCUGGCAACGGAGGGUACCAGUCUUCGGAGUGAUACUUCCAAGGAGCAAUUGGAAAGUAGGAUCCUAGAACAAGAACUGAAUGGCGGGAAACAAACUACAGUCAAGUACUUGGCUUCAUACAGGAGCACACAGAUCUAUGAUGGCACACAGGGACAGGACGACCUCUCGACCACUCCAGCUGCUGGAUAUACCCAGAAUCCCCCCGGACCGUGGAGGGAAACUGUGCCUGUUGCAUCCACCUCCCACGAGCCACAGUUUACCAUGGCACUGGAUGGGAAGGGUCAAAGCUCGGCCUCUCUUCCAGGACGUCCCCAAUUACCAGUCCCAGAGGAAAUUUCCCCAAGCCCUUCUGCUCCUUCCCCGACAGAAGACAUGACAGGGACCAGCCAGGGACCAGUUGUCCGUCAAAGAAGCACCCACUGGAGUUUGAGUGUGGAUACAACACAACCACCUGGAUCUUGGAAUGUGUCUGAAAAAGAAAAGACUCCCUUCCAUCGUAGCAGCUCUGUCACUGCAGGAACCAAGGAAGCAAUUGAUGUGGCAGAGCCUCAGCGUGUUCGUGGAGCUGUAAAUGCCAGGGCACCGGUGAAGUAUUUUGGAUCCUCUACUCCUGGACAGAGCAGCUCAGUGGCGAGGAAUGGCCCAGGAACCAAGCAGCCAGAUGCAGCUGAAACCCACCCUCCUGUGAAGAACUCCACCACAUCUGCUCGUAUCCAAGCUACUCCCCGCCGCGGCCUCAUCCGAGUAACCACCCAACGGGUCCUGCAACACCCACAGCUGAGCAGGCCGGAGCCCAGUGUGCCGACCCUGCUGCCCAUCUCAAGCCCCCCCUGCCCACGCCAAGGCGGUGCCUGCAGCCAGCUGUUGCCCAACCAGACCCUGCUACACUGGGGAGACCUCGAGCGCACACUGAGCUUUGCCUGGGUGCUGCAUGUCUAUGGCUCUGGGGCGCUCUUCCUCCUGCUUAGCGUUCUGAGCUUGGCCUGCCUGGGAGGCUCCUUUGCUUUACGGGUGCCUCACCUCCCAUACAUCAUAGCUGCCAGCACUCUGCUGUUAUUGUUCGGGGUUUUGCGUGCCACGUUUUUUCUGGCCGAUCCCUAUGGCUCCUGUGGUUGGCUUCCCACUCAGGCAGUGCGAGUCCUGUACACGGCACCUUUCCCCUUGCUGCUGACCACUUUUGCUGUGCUUCUGCUGCGCUUCUUCUGUCAGGCCCACUUAGAGAUCUUGCCCCCAAAGUGGCAAAGCUUGCCCGUGUUGGUUGUCAUGGGGUGCAUCCAGAGUGCUGUCCUCUUGGCGGCCGACUUCUUUUCACCUCCGCUGCACCCAGCCGUGCCAGUGGCAGUGCACACACUUUCCUGCAUAGCUGGCAUCUGCCUCUUGCCAGCCACCGUGUUUGUGUACCGGCAGCUGCAGCACACCGUAGCAGUGGAGGGCACUCCUCAACCAGGCGUAUGGAGUGCGGCAUGGGUUCUGCUGGCAUGCAGUGGGCUGGCGUUGCCAUGCUGUGGACUACAAUUCUACGGUGUGCUGUGGCAGGCAGAGCUCUUGGGCCAGCUGGACCUUUUCUCCUGGGGCUGGUGGUUUGUGCAGUUCUGGUUCCGGAUUGGGGAGUUGUUGCUCUCGUUUGCCCUGGUUUUCCUAGCCUGGCAGGCACUUUGUCAGCGUUAUGGAUCUACCGAACACUCCUGCUGGGCCAAGCUCAUGCGGUACUUCUGUACCUACCACAAGGCUGAGGUGCCAGAGUAUCCCAACAAUUGUUAUGACUGGACUGGCGGUGUCUUGGAGAAAGUGCCCAACAAUGACAUCAGCAAGAACCUGAUCCGAAAUCCCCCCAGCAGCGGGCGCGUGUGGGCACUCAAGGACAGCAAUGAAUUACGGGCUGCGACUAGGCAGGGUGCCAGCCCAUCCCCGGUCCACCCAGUCUACAGCCCCAAAUGUCCCAACGCUGCUGCCGCUACCAUGGGCCGCUCCUACACCAGCAUCUGCUUCGAGAGGGAUUCCAUCCUUUCCUUGGCAGAACUUGAAUUCCGGCCUCCCUCUCCCAUCAACCUCAGCCGCAGCAUUGACGAAGCACUUUUCCGUGAACACUUGGUUCGUGACUCCAUCUUCCUGCGCUCAAGUCUCCAUUUCCCUUCCCGUUUGGCUCGCCAGGACUCUUGCUCUUCGCUGCGCGGUGACUGUUCAACGCUGUCCCACACCGCUCAGCCUCUCCUUUCCCGGCCACGCCGCAGCAGUGACCCGGACUGCCUGUACAGUUUAGCCCGGGCCAGCUCAAUGGGGGAGCUCACCACGCACAGCCGGGGCCUGGUCAGCGAGCCGCCAACAGACACUUCCUUCGACAGCUUCUCCCGCACCUCCUUUUCCCGUGCCUCUCUCAAAAUCAGCUGGAACCCCUGGCGCCACGGCAUGUCCUCACCCGAGAGCCUGCCCCCUGAAGAGCUCCCCAGCCAGGCCCAGCUGCUGCCAGAUGACGUCCCCCCGGCUCCAUCCGACAGCGCCCCAAACUCCGAACGUGAGGCCCGGAGGAGCUUCUUGGCCUUGAGCAAGCAAGUGGAUUCCCGUAGCCUCUCAAGUGAAACCAUUGAAUUGUGAGUCUGGGCAGCGGCUUUCGCCAACCUGUGCUCCCUUGGUGACAACAGCCUGCUUGUCAUCGGAGGAGAAGGAGUGGGAAUGACAGCCGUGGAGCUGGUUUGUUUCCAAAAGCAUGGGCCAGAGAGAAUCCAGUUUCCUUUUGAAAAGCCAUGGGACCUCUGCUCCCCAACCACGUCUAGCACCAGCCAUUCAUGUAAUGGCCCCAAAUAUGGUUCUGUGUCCUUCCUGUAGUGUCAGCGACAUUAGUGACUAGUACCAGCCAUCCACACCGUGUUUAUCUACAUACCUGGUAGUACCUGGUUGCCAGCUUAUCUCAAGUUCUGUAGUGCCAUCAAUAGUCAAAUCUCUUGAGCUGUGUUUCCUGAAAUGGAGAUUCACCACUGUUUUUCUAUCCCGGAAUGAACUAUUAGGUGUAACCAGAUACCUUCACAUGCAUCAGUGCUUUAUUCAGUCUAGACUCACUAUAAUAGUGCUUUAUUUAUAACCCACCCUAAUUCCCCAAGGGGACUCAUCUUGGGAUUGCAUUGAAUUAUGGUCACAGUUUUUUGCUUAUUUUGGAUUAUCUUUGUUUGUGUCCUUCUCUAAGACCAAUUAUCUGGUACCUGAUCAAGUCUAAAGCAGUCAAAGGCCUUCAUGCUUCUGGGGUAUUUUGGUUUCUCCUAAUAAAGACAUUGCCUAGUAGGAGAUUUAGCAAUAGGAAGACUGAUGAAAUCUUUUCCAAUUGAAGCAUGUGACUGUGCAGAUGCUAUGUGAAGACCUGAGUUUGCAAUGGUCCUUUUUGGGGAUUCUAAUUCCCAGAAUCUCCCGUCAACAUGGCCACUGCUACCAAGGAAAUUCUGCGAGUUAUAGUCCAAAAAAAGGAAGUUCUCCAAAACUCAAGAGACAAGGAGAGACAGGGCAUAACCAUUCUUCACAACUGAGACAAUCAAGCCUGCAACCCAAACAGGCCCAACUGGUGUUUGUUGUUUGUGAUAACCCGCAGCAUCCCAUAGAAAGAUCCUGUUUAAGAUACAUCCAGGAAGGGACAGAGUAAGAUUUUAGUAUUAAACUCAGCAGCAGUCCUGCAAUGAAAUGCGGGAUGCUCAGUAGUUCACUGGUAGAAUAUGUGCUUUGCAUGCAGCACAUUCCAUCCCUAUUACAGAAAUAUAUUUUUGUACAGCAGGGCCAGAAAAAAGCUUUCUGGAGAGCUAGCAGCAGGCAAGAACAUUGACUGGACGUGGACUUGAAUCACGAUAAGAAAGCAUCUUGUAAUGAAUUUGUACAUACAGCUUUGAAAAAGUUGCUCUUAGGGAUUGUGAAUUCCAGAAUCCCCAACUGAGGGAGUUUUGAGAUUUCCAGUCCAAAAGCGGCACUUUCCUAAGCACCGUCUUGUGCAGCUGUCGUUUACACUGUGAAUAACAAGAGUUGAGAUUUCUAGUUCAAUUUCUAUAGUUCAAAUUGUAAUAUUUUUGCUCAGAUGCUUCAUUUUCCAUUUAUCUUUCCUAAAACCGGAAACAUGUUUCUAGCCUUCAUGGUUGCAGUAGAAAAAGUGAUCCUUGUGGUCAGUUUCCUCUGUUAUCCAAAAGAGAGAACCUUCCCAUUUAAUGCAAACACACACAUAUACAAACACGUUACAAAAAUUUGAGAUACUACAAUGGGGAAAGGUGUGAAAACUCUCCAUUGCCUUCUGUCUUCUUUCUGUCUUCCAUCUGUGUAAUCUAUAUGCCGUCUUGCUCCCUCUCGUGUUAUUUUUUUUUUUUUACAAAAAAAAAGAGUCUAAGUUUAAAACUUUACGAAAAUAGCUUGGAAUCCAGAACUUGGUCUUGUAUUAUGAGAUGAAGCUGGAGGAGGGAACAGCAACUUCUGGAGGGGGUUAAAAGGCAGAUUUUCAGCCUGAGUCUCCUUGCAAUAGCACAAAUUGUACUUGCCUGAUAUUGUGUCUGUCUCCUGCUGUGGCAUGGCAGAAAUGGGAAGGAUCUGCCUAGACCGAUGGUUGGAUGGACCUACUGUUGAAUGUGAUGCAGUCUGUUUGUGCCAAAAGAAUAAAUAAUAUCUAUAAGAGAAUGUCA